UGUCUCUAAUAAAGGCUGGCAGAGAGAGAAGGGGGAGGGAAAGUGAGAGGGAGUGGACGGACCUUCACUGAACAUGGAAGGGGAGAGAACGAAACAAACACCGUGUCAAAUCUUCACAUAACUGCCUGUUUUGAAGGAAACACCCAGCCUUCCAGGUUUCAUUGGCCGGGGGUGAAAAGGACAGACUGACACUGACGCACUGCUUUCCUGUUGGCCGUCACACAUCUGGACAUUCAUAAAAUAACAAACAGUGACGGCCUACACUUUUCUUUUCUUUUUUUUAUUGCAUGCAGAGCUUUCAUCUCCAGCUGAAGCACAUUCACGGAGGAUCAGCGGCUCAUUCUCAUCGAUAUUUAAUCCGCUUAAUGGCCACUAAUGUUAAAUACUGACUCCCGAUUGAGCCUUGAAGCCCCAACCACCUUAGAUCAGAUUUACAUCAGUGCCUGCUGCAGUGCUUCAUAAAAAAAAGCUGUCGAUGCAAUAGGUCACAGUUGGCUCAUUCAUUAUUGACGCACUCUAACAUCGUAUUGUCCCACACAUACACAAGCACUGCAGACAGCGACAGCCGACUCCCACACUGCACGAUGGUAGAGCAACCCAUUUACGCCACGGGCAUGGCCUACAGGCUGCGGAGCCAGUGGGAUCGCGAAGAAGGUCUGGGACAGAACAGCAACGCGGUGAAGCUUCUGGGCCAGGAUUACCAGUCUCUGAAAUCCCAGUGCCAGCGGAGCGGGAAGCUGUUUGAGGACAGCCUGUUCCCGUGUUCCUCGUCGUCCUUGGGAUUCAAUGAGCUCGGACCAAGAUCCUCCAAGACCCAAGGAGUGCGCUGGUUGAGGCCCACGGAGGUCUGCAGGCAGCCCGAGUUCAUCGUGGAUGGAGCGACGCGCACAGACAUCUGUCAGGGAGCGCUGGGGGACUGCUGGCUUCUGGCAGCCAUCGCCUCGCUGACCUUAAACACCUCCCUCCUCCACAGAGUGGUUCCUCAGGGUCAGAGCUUCGGGCAGGGAUACGCAGGCAUCUUCCACUUCCAGUUCUGGCAGUUUGGCGAGUGGGUGGAGGUGGUGAUUGACGACCGGCUGCCCGUGAAGGACGGGAAGUUGCUGUUUGUCCACUCGGCAGAGGGAAACGAGUUCUGGAGUGCAUUGCUGGAAAAGGCCUACGCCAAACUAAAUGGCUGUUAUGAGGCUCUGUCAGGCGGCAGUACAUCAGAGGGAUUUGAGGACUUCACUGGUGGCGUGACGGAGAUGUACGAGCUUGUGAAAGCACCUUCUGACCUCUACAGCAUCAUAAAGAGGGCUGUAGAAAGAGGGUCACUGCUGGGCUGCUCCAUUGACAUCACCAGCUCAAGGGACAUGGAGGCCGUCACGUUCAAGAAGCUGGUGAAGGGACACGCCUACUCCGUGACAGCUGUGGACGAGGUCGUGUACAGAGGAAAUAUGACCAAGCUGGUCCGCAUCAGGAAUCCCUGGGGGGAAGUGGAGUGGACCGGAGCCUGGAGCGACAACUCCAGAGAGUGGGACAGUGUGGACCGCUCCGUCAGAGGCCGCCUGCAGAACCGCAGCGAGGACGGUGAAUUCUGGAUGUCAUUCAGCGACUUCCUGCGCGAGUUCACUCGCCUGGAGAUCUGCAACCUGACGGCCGAUGCACUGCAGAACAGCCAGCUGAAGAAAUGGAGCUCCUCGCUCUACCAGGGAGAGUGGAGGAGAGGGAGCACUGCAGGCGGCUGCAGGAACUUCCCAGCAACCUUCUGGCUCAACCCUCAGUUCAAGCUCGCCCUGCAUCACCCAGACUCCCCCGGCAAAUCAGAAUGCAGCUUCCUGGUCGGCCUCAUGCAAAAGGACCGCAGGAAGAAGCGGCGGGAAGGCAAAGACAUGGAGACCAUCGGGUUCGCGGUCUACGAGAUUCCAAAUGAGUUUAAGGGCAAGUCUGGAGUCCACUUGAAGCGAGACUUCUUCCUCACCCACGCCUCCAGCGCUCGCUCCGAGCUCUUCAUCAACCUGAGGGAGGUCAGCUCACGGCUGCGUCUGCCGGCGGGCGAAUACAUCAUUGUCCCGUCCACGUUCGAGCCGCACAAAGAGGCCGAUUUUGUGCUGAGGGUUUUCUCCGAGAAGCCCGCGGAUUCUGAGGAGCUUGAUGACAAAAUUGAAGCGGAGCUUCCAAAAGAGACGGAGGUAGAUGAGAGCCAGAUCGACGCAGCCUUCAAGAGUCUCUUCAGACAACUGGCAGGGCCGGACAUGGAGAUCAGCAUCACAGAGCUGCAAACCAUUCUGAACAGGAUCAUCAGCAAACAUAAAGAUCUGAAGACGGACGGCUUCACAAAGGAAGCCUGUCGCAGCAUGAUAAACCUCAUGGAUACGGAUGGCAGCGGGAAACUAGGCUUGACGGAAUUCCAUGUUCUCUGGGAAAAAAUCAAGCGAUACCUGACCAUAUUCAGGCAGUUUGACAUGGACAAAUCCGGUACCAUGAGCUCCUAUGAGAUGAGGAUGGCGCUUGAGUCUGCAGGCUUCAAGCUGACCAACCACCUGUUCCAGCUGAUCAUCCUGCGCUACACGGAGGAGGACAUGGCUGUCGACUUUGACAACUUCGUCACGUGUCUGGUCAGACUGGAGACCAUGUUCAAAACAUUUAAGACCUUGGACACAGAUGCAGAUGGUGAAAUAAGUCUCACCUUCUUCCAGUGGAUUUCCCUGACCAUGUUUGCCUAGAGACGAGUGGACUCCAUUUUGUCUCUGCUGCAGCUGCUGGCCCCCGUAUCUUUUGUCUCAGAAGUGCCUUUUUUUUCCUCCUCUGCUUUGUCCUUUUCACCCAUAAAUCCAUUUACAUGCCUGUAAUGGAAACAUGUGCCAAUCCUACAGUUGUCAUAUACUUGUUUCGCCACCAGAUGGAGCUAUAAUUUCAGCCAAAUGUGCAUUUUUAGCUGCGCUAGAGAGUGAGUCUAAAACCCCUUUUCCACUAACAUUACUGGGAACUUAUUCACAUGCCGAGGUUUUUCAAAAUCCCAGGAAAAGUUCCUGUGGUGGAAAAGGGGCUAAAAAGAAUAAGUGAAUGAGCUAACCAUGAUGUUUUUGUUCCAAAGUUACUACCUUAGCUUAGCUGUCCUUAUGUUUAAAGCAAUGCUAGCUAACUAGCUUUUAUCCUCUUGGUUUAAGAGGAUAAACAUGCCCAAUGAAUGAAUUCAUUUUGUAGCUGGUUAAUUAGCUAUUCAACAUAUUUUACAAUCAAAGACAAAACAGCUAAGCUAAAUCACGCUAGCUAAUCUAAUCUUGAGGAUGACUGUGAUUGAAUUAUCCCCAAACAUAAACAUUUACUCUGCCUCUGACUUAAAAUACAAAUGUUUGGCCCUUUUUAGGGAGUCAGCUGAAAUGAUUGGUCAGUAACUAGAUGGUAGAUUUAUCUGUGGCCAUGCCGCUGUGGCUAUUGACUGAUCAGAGGUUUAUUGAACGUAAGGAGUUCCUAUUAACCCUUUUCCUUGUCUUUUUAAUGGUAAAUGUUUCAAUUCAGUUAUCACUCAGAUCAGUACCAGGUGCUGUCGAUGGCGGAGAUGGUGCCAGUUUGCUCCUUUUCGACUUAACAUCCAGUAUUUAGCGCAAAUGAAUGUGCGUGAUACAUGUAUUUGGCACUUCCUGUCUACAUCUUUGUGCCAAAUUUUGCUUCUCUACGCUUUGGCGACGCAGAGACAAUGGUGGUUUGCUGUUUUAUAUAGAAUGUGUUGUUAUAUAAUCCUGUUCAGCUUUUUAGGAGUACAGACCCCGCUUAUAAUUAUGCAUGGCACUUUUUACUGACUUCACUGAAAAAAAACAAAAACUUUUAUAUUGUGGCUGUAACUGAUGUCAUAGUGAUUUUAAAAAGGGAUUUUUGUAAGGCCGGUUUAAUCUCGUCUUUCAUGGGGAACAAGAACGCUUCGGUACCUUAGUUGAAGGCAAAAGCGAUGCAACGUGGGUGAAUCUGUUGUAUGCAUGCAGUGUGAAUUGUGUACCUGAUUUCUGUUUGGAUCAAGAAGCUUGUUUUUUUUUAAAAAAAAUCACUUAGUGGGAGAAAAGGAAAUGUUGAAAUGUGAACGUGAGCGAUAAUGUCAAUGUUCUGCCAAUUAUUUCUUACCAAUUUGUAUCAUAGGAACUUUUAAAUUGAAGAAUGUUUGUUUAAUCAAAAGGUUACUGAGAAUCCAGUACAUUUUAUUUGAUAAAAAAAUCUUUUUCUUGCAGUGUAAUGCUUAUGUAACAUUGCCUAAUGUUUACAAUGGUGAUACUCUUGUUUUACCGUGUAGCUUUUCUCUGUACUGCACUUUGGAAAUAAAAGUGGGGAAGGUU